AGAUCCCAGCUCAUACAUGAUGACAGUUUACUGCCUAAUUUAGAGCUGAGUGAUUUUGUCAUUGUUUGCGGCGAAAAGAGCUUCAGGUGUCACAAAGUGAUCAUCUGUGUGCAAUCAUUGGUCGUCAAGGAAUACUGCAGGACUCCUUUGCAGGUGAGAAUUGUCACUCUGGCUCUACUAUUCCAUCCCCUCGUUGUCCAGAUGAUGCUCGAGUACCUGUAUACCUGCAAUUAUCAUUUCUAUCUAGAUUACAAUUUCCCCACCCGGUUCCAAGCUGAAGGACAAACAGUGCCCGCAGAUUAUGUUGAUCGCCUGGAUUGCUGUGAACUCUCUUUCCACUUACAGAUGCACAUCCUGGCAACCCGUCUCCGUAUUGUAGGGUUGAAGUACCUGUCAACCUACAAGGUCCUGGAAGUCUUGUACCGAUCAUCUUUUGCCACCGUUCUUCCGCGGUUCGCCCGCGAGGUAUAUAAGCUCAUCACGCGGAAAAACGCCAUGAUGCGGAGGGCGGUUGUUGGAUAUGCAACCCGGGUUCUAGGGGGGGCUAGGAGCCGGAAUCAUUUCGAUAGACGAUUCCCGAGCUACAUAUUACAAGAGCUCCCGGAGUUUGCGUUUGAUCUCGGAGUGGAGUGCCUAGAUCAGUUUGGUUGUACGUUUUUUCAGAGCGAGAGUACUGGUUAUGAAAUAGAGCAGAGGCAAUGGGUGUGUUAG